AUGAAUACUGGGUAUGGGUACAUCAUCCUUGAACGUCAAGUAACAGAGAUGAAGAUCUUUUUAUUCGCAUCAGCAGCAGCCCAGCAGGUCCCGGAUGUGUCCGUGCGACUCGCUGGCGAUGGCUUCUUCCGCCGAGGAACCGCAGCCGUCUCCAGCUCGCCCUCCGCGGGGUUUCAGCCGAGGGCGAGCCUCCCGGCUGACGGCGGGCUGCAGGCCAGUCCCGCCGCUUCAGGAGGCGGCCGAUCUGGCUCGCCGAGCGGCAGCAGUGCCUCUGGUGCUACGUCGAGCGGCAUCAGGUUUCGGUCGGGCUCCGCCAUCGGACGUCAGGCUGACGUAGGCGACGUCGACGAAGUCGUGGACGGCGUGUUCGAGCCCCUCAACCUCCCGGCCUCGGCCUCUAGCCUGCUGGGGAGCAUCUCCACCGCCUUCUCCUGCGACGACCUCCCCUACGGCUACUACGCCGACCGCGACAACGCCUGUCGCGUCUACCACGUGUGCUACCCGGCGCUCUUCGGCGACGGCGACAGCGUCACGUACCAGUACAGCUUCAUGUGUGGCGCGGGGACGGUGUUCGACCAGAGGGAGCUAACCUGCGUGGAUCCUUCAGUGGCGAGUCCUUGCGAGGAAUCCUACAACUAUUACUUCACCAACGAGCAGUUCGGUCUCCCGGAGGAAAGGAUACAGUUUCUAUAGAGAUAUACUGGAAGUGUCUGUUGUUGUUAGGUUCAGUCACGGUUAAACUUUUAGGUCCGUAGUGUGGACCCUCGAAACACUGUCUCGAAACCCUGAAGAUUCACAGGACAGUAUCAAAUUUGCCACACCAUACUGAAAUUUUGAAGUGCCAUAAAUCAUUAGUCUGAAAACACUAAACCCAGAAGCAUUACAAAGUCUCGAGGCACUAUAUCAGAGCCUAGAUACACAAUAACGAGCCUCAAAAAAAAAAAAAAAAAAAAAAAAAAAAAAAAAACAGAAUUGGAGCCUCAACACGUCUUACUGAACUUUAUAGCGCCAUACUGAAGCCUCGAAAUAUUAAGCAUUCCAUUGGCUGGUUAUUUGAGUCGGGUUUCGGAUCGUGUUGACAAAAGUUCGAACCGUGAGUGUACAAGAUGUUUUGUUUAUAUAUUCUCUUUUGUAAAUAAAUGUGUUGAUUUUA